AUGAGCGAGCAAGCUAGCCCUGCAACGUUGAAGCAGUCUACGUUGGAAACUCUAGGCUAUCUCUGUGAGGAUAUAUCUCAUGAGGACCUCGUGCAAGAAGAAGUGAAUACCGUUCUUCAAGCGAUAAUCAAUGGAACGCAACAGUCUGAAACUAACACACAAGUUCAUCUUGCAGCGAUAAAGGCAUUGCAUCAUGCCUUGGAUAUCGCUCAAGUGAACUUUGACUAUAAAGAUCAUAGAGAUUUCAUCAUGAGGAUAGUGUUUGACAAAGCCAUGUCCCAUGAAGCAGAGAUCAGGCAUGCAGCUUUCGAGUGUCUUGUGUCAAUAGCAUCAAUAUACUACGAGGUGAUGGAGCAGUACAUGGGUACAAUCGGUCUGCUUACAUCAGAAGCAAUCAAUGGUGAUGAAGAAAGUGUUGCCCUCAAAGCACUUGAGUUCUGGAGCUCAAUCUGCAAUGUCGAGAUAGAGCUUCAAGAGUUUGAGAAUCCUGAUCCGAGCGACUGGUCCCCUCCCCAUUCUGGUUUCAUUAGGUGGGCUCUUCCUCAUCUGGUUCCCGUGUUGCUAGAGACUUUGCUGAAGCAGGACCAAGGCGAUCAUGUAUCGAACCUAUCCAUAGCUGCAGGGACUUGUCUUGGCCUUGUCGCCAGAACGGUAGGAGAUGAUAUAGUCCCUUUUGUGAGAAGUUUUGUUGAAGCUAAGAUAAGUGAGCCGCAUUGGUCGAGUCGGGAAGCAGCAACCUAUGCCUUGGGGAUCAAUUUUGGAAGGGCCAAGUUUUGUCAAGCUUGA